AUGACUGGGGUGGUUGAUCUCCCCCCAUACGAGCAGACAACAGACAAACAAGCGAUUGUUCAUCCUGGGGAGGUUUAUUGCCACCUUACCGGCUGCUGGCGCGGUCGAGUUCCCCUAGCCGAAACAAGGAACUUGCGCGACCACCCUAGUCGCCAUGGGCUCAUGGUCGCCUGGACCCCAUCCGGCCGCAUCAGCGAAGCUACUAAAGCUGCCGUCGCUGCUUGGUACGAAUCCCUCUUUGAUGAUGAGGAGAAAUAUAAUCUAGAAUCGAACGAGGAAGACAAUCAAGCUGCAAAUGGAGAACAGGAUCACAACGGCAAGGUUGAAGAGGGCAGGGGACACUAA